AUGGAAACUCGCGAUCUAGUCAUCAAUCGUCACAUUUUACUCUUCGAACGUUCGACGACAAAACACACAGUAGUAGCGACCCUCGACGCGAUCCUUGAUUCUUUCAAACGGAAAGGGCACAAUGGCGGAAAAGGUGUUACCGUUACCGAGGUUUGCGCGAAGCGAAAAAGAAGAAGAGAUUCCCAGGCACUGGAUAAGGAAUGGAAACGAGUUUUUGUGGUUAAUCAGUGAUCCUUCGUCAACGGUAGCUCUUGAGGCUGGCUAUCAGAGCCCACAGCCGUAUUAG